AUGUGGUUCCCUGCCCUGGUCGCCCUUUUUGCUUUUUCAUUUGCUGCCCUCCUGUCCCCUGUAAUGUCGGACACACCUAUGGCUGCCCUGGAUUCUUCCACAACAACUGGGCCGGUGACAGCCGGGGAGAACGGCUGGGUCGUCGCCGCGAGGGUGAUGGCCUUCGUCGCUCCGGUCAUCGGUUUCAUCACUGCGGUGCUUUUGUCGCCGUAUGGUGAGCCGGUUGUUUUGUGGUACAGAAACCAGGGGAAAACGGGGGAUGCGGUUAUCAAAUCGCAGGCCGAGAAGAUUGAGACAAUCAGGGAUGACGUCUCAUCCCUAAAGAGGACCCUUGGGUUGUUCGAGGCUGUUAUUCUCGGUGACCCGAACGAUGGCUCCCUGAAGGCGGCUCUGACUUCUGUCAGGGACCGCCUUAGGAGCGUCGAGGAAUCGUAUCAAUCCCUCGAGACCGCGCAGGGUACAACCCAGCGAACUCUCGAGGGAUCUUUACGAACGCCUCGCGCUUUUGAGGCUGAUCAUGAGACACUCAUGAACACCCUCCGGGAAGUCAUCAGGAGGGUUGACACCUUGAAUACCAGCCUUGAAGAACUCAAGGCGAGCUCUGGAAGGAUAGAAGUCGCUCUUGACCGGCUCCAAGCUUCUCCGGUCGUUCGGGUACGCCUAACUGCCGACGGGCUGCGGGACUGUUGCGGCGGCGUUUCCGUCGCUGAUGUCCCAAUGUCUGUUGGCUGGUCCGGGCGUCCCUGA